GCAGUAGGUGCUGCGAGGACUAGUCAGGGAAAACGGAAGACAUUUCAAGACUUCGCUGAGACUCAUUCUUGCGAUCUAAGCCAAUCUGCUUCUGGUCCUUCUUCGUUCAUCUGAAUUGAUUGAAAUCGGCGAAGCAUUGCAAUGUCGAAUCCAAGAUCAAGUCCAGACUCUUGGAAUUGCAUGCUUCCAGGACCUCCAAGCCGCAACAAUUUUGGAUCCGCGGACUUGAGCUCCCAUGAUCUUCUUGCAUUCCCUUCAGGCAGUUCCGUUUCCGUCGUCGAUACUCGCUCUAUGCAGCUCGUCUCCGCCAUUCCCAUGCCGCCCCCGUCUUCGCCAUCUUCAUCUUCCACCGCUCCAUCUCUUUCCCCAUUUGUUACCUCUGUACGCUGGACCCCACUUUCUCUGAAUCACGACCUUCUAUCCACAGAGCCUUCCUCUUCCCACCUUCUGAUUGCCGCCGGUGAUCGUCAAGGACGCAUUGCUUUGCUCGAUUUUAGACUCAAAAUCGCUGUUAUGUGGUUCGAGACAGAUUCAAAACUCGGAAUUCAAGACUUGUGUUGGGUUCAAGCUCGACCCGACUUUUACUUCCUUGUUGCUAUCAACGGACCGUCUACGAUUUCCCUUUAUAACACGAUGACUGGUCGGUGUGUUUGGAAGUACGACGCAUCCCCUGAAUUCUUUUCUUGCCUUCGCCGGGACCCUUUGGAUUCUCGUCACAUCUGCGCACUCGGGCUUAAAGGCUUUCUCUUAAGUAUUAUGAUUCUUGGUGAAAGUGAAAGCAGCUUCGUGAUAAAGGAGUUUCAGAUACGGACCGAUUGUAGCGAACUGAGUAAGCUGGAAAGAGACGCGAGUGAUGUGUCAACGUCGCCUGCAUCGGCGUUGUUUUCGCUUUAUGUGGCGAGGUUCGCGUUUUCCCCGCAAUGGAGGCACAUAUUGUUCAUCACAUUUCCGAAAGAGUUGAUUGUGUUUGAUUUGCAGUACGAGACCACUCUUUUUGCUGCUGCAUUGCCUCGUGGUUGCGGGAAGUUUGCUGAGGUAUUGCUUGAUCUAAACAACGAGUGGAUUUACUGUGCUCAUCUCGAUGGCAAGCUCAGCACCUGGCGUAGGAAACCAGGGGAACAGGUGUAUACCAUGAGCGCCAUCGAAGAGUUAAUGCCCUCACUUGGCACCUCUGUUCCUUCCCCUUCAGUACUUGCUGUUGUUUUAAGCCAGUCAAAUUCCAUUCUUCAGAACAUUGCGAAGACUAAUGUGCCUAGUUCUACUUACCUCGACAAGGAUCCUGAUAAUCCCUUUGAUUUCAUCGACAAGUCUUUUAUAGUUUUUGAGACACAUUUGAUCUCUAUUUCUGAUGAUGGAAAAUUAUGGAACUGGAUCUUGACUGCUGAAGGGAAGCCGGACAUCCAAAAGGAUGAUAAGAAGUCAGAUUCGGUUGAUGAUGACAGCACAAAAUCAUUAAUAGGUACUGGUGCUAAUACCACAGUAUCUUCUAAAAGCUAUCUGUCAAGCUCAACCAUCAACCAGGAAAAUACUAUUCUAAAGAUGAGCUUAGUUGGACAGCUUCAGCUGCUUUCUUCGACAGUGACUACAUUGGCCGUACCGAUUCCUUCUCUAAUGUCAACUUUGGCCCGUGGAGGAAACCAUCCUGCCGUAGCUGUUUCUUUGGUUGCUUUGGGAACUCAGAAUGGGACUAUUGAUGUAAUUGAUGUUUCCGCUAAUGCUGUUGCUUCAAGUUUAUCUGUUCAUAAUGGUAUCGUUAGGGGACUACGAUGGUUAGGAAAUUCUAAGCUGGUAUCAUUUUCUUAUACCCAGGUUAAUGAAAAAUCUGGCGGUUAUAUUAACAAGUUAGUGGUGACCUGUGUUCGAAGUGGACUUAAUAGAAUUUUCCGAGUCCUCCAAAAGCCGGAGCGUGCACCAAUAAGAGCUUUAAGAGCAUCAUCAUCCGGAAGGUACCUGGUAAUUUUGCUUCGUGAUGCACCUGUGGAAGUUUGGGCAAUGACUAAAAAUCCCACUAUGCUUAGAUCAUUAGCUCUUCCAUUUACUGUGUUGGAAUGGACUCUUCCAACAAUUCCUCGUCCUGUUCAAAAUGCAUCUGCUAGGCAAUUGUCCUCAUCUUCUAAGGAGCAAAAAGCAGAUGAGGCAUCCAUCCCAACAAAGUUGCCCUCAUCAGAUUCAAAGGAUUCAGGCGCUGAGGGACAUCAUGAUGACUCUUCAGAGAGUUUUGCGUUUGCCUUGGUGAAUGGGGCACUUGGAGUUUUUGAAGUUCAAGGACGAAGGAUUCGAGAUUUCAGACCAAAAUGGCCUUCUUCUUCAUUCAUAUCCUCGGACGGAUUAAUUACUGCAAUGGCCUAUCGCUUACCUCAUGUGGUUAUGGGGGACAGGAUGGGAAACAUAAGAUGGUGGGAUGUGACAACAGGACAGUCUUCCUAUUUCAACACUCAUAGAGAUGGAAUCCGCCGUAUCAAAUUCUCUCCUGUUGUACCAGGAGACCAUAGUCGGGGGCGUAUAGCUGUUCUGUUUUAUGACAAUACCUUCUCUGUAUUUGACUUGGAUUCACCAGACCCCUUAGCCAACUCACUGCUGCAACCUCAGUCUCCUGGAACUCUUGUACUGGAACUUGAUUGGUUGCCCUUGCGAACUGAUAAGAAUGACCCACUGGUCUUGUGCAUUGCUGGAGCUGAUAGCAGCUUUCGCCUUUUUGAAGUCAAUGUAAAUGAUAAAAGAGUUGGUUAUGUGCCCCAGCCCAGAGCUAUAAAGGAAAGAUUCCGGCCUGUGCCUUUGUGUUGUCCCAUACUACUUCCUACGCCACAUGCCCUGGCAUUGCGUAUGAUCUUGCAAUUGGGUGUUAAACCUUCUUGGUUCAAUACUUGCAGUACAACUACGGAGAAAAGGCCUCAUUUAAUCCAGGAAACUCCUUCAUCCACUGAGGAUCUUCGCGCACACAUGAAUGACCUUCCAUCUCUAGGUGACCCUGUGGUACCCGAGAUGCUUCUAAAAGUGUUGGAACCUUACCGAAGAGAAGGGUGCAUACUUGAUGAUGAGAGGUCAACAAGGUACGCUAGUGUGUUAAAUAGUGGCUAUGCCAUGAGACUUGCCUAUGCAGCCGCACUAUUUGGUGAAUCCUCUGAAGCUUUGUUCUGGCUACAACUGCCUUUGGCACUCGACCAUUUGAUAAAUAAGUUAUUGAAAAAGCCUCCAACAAAAGAUCCAGUAGCGAUGUCAAUUCCAGAAGUUGAUGAGACAUCUCUACUGACUGGUUUAUCAUCAAAGAAAUAUUCAACUGAAGAAAUGAGGCGAGAUACAUUGGAGAGUCAAGGUCAUCUGAAGUUGAUAACUUUUGACCCAGAAGAAUUGAGGGAAAUUGCUUGUGAACGUAUUUCUUGGCAUAAAAAGUUAGAGGGUGAAGAGGCUAUACAGAACCGUGUUCAUGAGCUUGUGUCUGUUGGAAACCUUGAAGCUGCAGUUAGUUUAUUGCUUUCAACUCCUCCUGAGAGUUCCUACUUCUAUGUUAAUGCUCUCCGUGCAGUUGCUCUCUCUUCUGCCAUUUCAAGGUCUCUUCAUGAACUUGCGGUUAAGGUUGUUGCAGCCAACAUGGUGAGGGCAGACAGGUCACUAUCUGGCACUCAUCUUCUCUGUGCUGUUGGAAGAUAUCAAGAAGCAUGUUCUCAGUUACAAGAUGCUGGAUGCUGGACAGAUGCUGCAACCUUAGCUUCAAGUCACUUAAAUGGAUCUGAUUAUGCAAGGGUGUUGCAAAGGUGGGCUGGACAAGUUCAUCGCAAUGAACAUAAUAUAUGGAGGGCUCUGAUUUUGUAUGUUGCUGGCGGUGCACUGCAAGAGGCAUUGGCAGUACUUCGUGAUGCACAACUACCUGACACAGCUGCAAUGUUCAUUCUCGCUUGCCGUGAAAUCCAUGCAGAGUUAGUUUCGAAGUUAGGUAAUCCUGACGAUGAAUCAAAUUCUUCCAUCCAUGGUAAGGUACCACACUUGCCAGGGUUAGAUCCUCAGAAUGACGAUGUCAUUGCUGUUGGUGAAUACUAUGGGCAGUAUCAACGAAAAUUAGUGCACCUAUGCAUGGAUUCGCAGCCAUUCUCAGACUAAAUACAGAGUUUCAUGACAUGGGUUCAAUUCUUUCAAUUUAUAUAUUCUUGAUGGCAUUAUUCAAAACGAGAGCAAAGUUCUAGUUUGACUCUCAUGUCAGUCCUGUUCAUCCUUUAGGUCAAAGGAUCAGAAGCUUUCAGUACAUUGUCAUUGCUGUAAGUGUAUGCUGGAGAAACUUGGAGAGGCAAUAUAUCAGUUUUGAUUAAACAUUUCUGAUUGAUUGCUGAGAAAACGUUGUCCUGAAAGUUUUUCCCCCCUCGAUGAUUCAAGCUCUUGGGUCGAUUAUACUAUUACAGCUGGUGUGUAAAUUUGUGUCAACAACAAAUUGUUUGUAACCUUGCUGUUUUGAUAGGAUGAGUUGAAGAGGUUGGAUAUGCGGCUCGAGAGUAGUGUGCUAUUAUGAUGAUUAAAUAGGACCUACUUCACUGCUGUUGAAAAAGUGAAGUUUUUUUUUUUUUUAAUUCUUCAGUUCUUACCACUGUUUUCCAAGAAUCGUUACACUUCUGGGUACUCUUAAUGAAUCAAAUGGUCGAACUUUAUCCUGAUGA